AUGACCACCGUAACUUUGAAUAAUGGCUACCAGAUGCCCCAAAUUGGCUUGGGAUGUUGGAAAAUUGACAAAUCCAUUUGUGCUGACCAGAUCUACGAGGCCAUCAAAGUGGGCUAUCGAUUGUUUGAUGGUGCUAUGGAUUAUGGAAAUGAAAAAGAAGUGGGGCAAGGAAUUAACAGAGCCCUUAAAGAUGGUUUGGUGAAGCGUGAGGCAUUGUUUAUCGUUUCCAAACUUUGGAAUAAUUAUCAUUCCCCGAAAAACGUCGAGAAAGCCAUCGCCAAGGUGCUUCAAGAUCUUCAAUUGGAUUACAUCGAUUUAUUCUACAUUCAUUUCCCAAUUGCUCAAAGAUUUGUACCUUUUGAGGAAAAGUAUCCUCCCACAUUCUACUGUGGGGCUGGUGAGGAUGAGUUUAUAUUUGAGAAUGUGCCAAUCCACGUCACUUGGUCUGCCUUUGAAAAACUUGUGGAUAGAGGAGUUGUUAAAUCCAUCGGGGUCUCCAAUUUCAGUGGUGCUUUGAUUGAGGAUUUAUUACGAGGUUGCCUGAUCAAACCUCAAGUUGUCCAGAUUGAACAUCAUUGCUAUUUGCAGCAACCUCGUCUUAUUGAGUAUCUCAAACGUGUGGAUAUUGCCAUAACUUCUUACUCCAGUUUCGGAGGGGAAUCAUUUUUGGAAUUAGAACAUCCGAAAGCGAAGUCCGUUGGCACUUUAUUCAAACAUCCCACAAUUUUGAGAAUCGCCAAAAAUCACCAGGUUGCCCCAGCCAAAGUGUUGUUAAGGUGGAUUACCCAAAGAGGUAUUUGCGUCAUUCCAAAAAGUAAUAAAAAACAAAGACUCCUAGAAAAUUUGAAUGUCAAUGACUUCGAUCUCACCAAAAAUGACUUUGAAGAUAUUAGUAAAAUUGAUAUUGGUCUCAGGUUCAACGAUCCUUGGGCAUGGAAUAAGAUCCCAACUUUUCUUUAA